AUGGUCAUCGUAACGAGGGGGGAUUACAUUUGGGUCGAGCCCCAGACGAAGAAGGAGUUCGAUGUGGCUAUUGGUGCCCGGGUCAAGUCAGUCGACGGCCGCAAAAUUGUGGUCGUCGACGAUGACACAAAGGAAUAUUCGCUCAGUCCAUCGGAGAGGCGCAUCAAGGCGAUGCAUCCUACCUCUGUCCAGGGAGUGGAGGACAUGAUUUCGCUGGGUGAUCUUCACGAGUCGGGCAUUUUGCGAAACCUCCUCAUUCGCUACAACGACAACGUUAUAUAUACGUACACUGGUUCGAUUUUAGUGGCGGUCAAUCCCUAUCAAAUACUACCCAUCUACACACUUGAGCAAAUCAAACUGUACAAAGACAGGAAAAUCGGCGAACUGCCACCGCACAUUUUUGCAAUCGGCGACAAUGCCUACAAUAACAUGCGCCGCUACCAGCAAGAUCAGUGCAUUAUCAUCAGCGGAGAAAGUGGUGCCGGCAAGACCGAGUCCACCAAGCUGAUUCUGCAGUACCUGGCAGCCAUCAGUGGACAGCACUCGUGGAUUGAACAGCAGAUUCUCGAAGCGAAUCCUAUUCUUGAAGCUUUUGGCAAUGCCAAGACCAUUCGCAAUGACAACUCUAGUCGAUUCGGCAAGUACAUCGACAUUCACUUCAACAAAAACGGCGUUAUCGAGGGUGCCAAAAUUGAUCAGUAUCUACUGGAGAAAUCUCGCAUCGUCAACCAGGCUGUGGACGAACGCAACUACCACAUUUUCUACUGCAUGCUGGCAGGGCUCACCAAAGAGGACAAAAUCAGUUUAGAGCUUCAAGAUGCCUCCAAGUUUUACUAUCUCACCCAGGGAGGAUCGAUUACCUGCGAAGGGCGAAAUGAUGCCAAUGAGUUUGCCGAUAUUCGCUCUGCAAUGAAGGUGCUCAUGUUUUCAGACCCGGAGAUUUGGGAGGUUCUGAAAAUUUUGAGUUCUCUCUUACAUAUUGGCAAUAUUAAGUACCGAGCAACAAUGGUCGAUAAUUUGGAUGCGACUGAAAUCAUCAACGCAACAAGUGCUGGAAGUGCUUCUACUCUGCUUAACGUCAACCAACAGCAUCUAAUCGACGCUCUCACAACUCGAACCAUCUUUGCUCAUGGCGACGUUGUCGUGUCAACAAUGAGCACCGAACAGGCAUUGGAUGUUCGAGAUGCGCUCGUCAAAGGCAUCUACGGACGAAUGUUUGUUUGGAUCGUCAGCAAAAUCAACUCAGCCAUCUUCAAACCGAAAUCAAGCUCAGCUCAGCGCACUUCGAUUGGCGUGCUGGACAUUUUCGGUUUUGAAAACUUUAAAGUCAACAGCUUUGAACAGUUUUGCAUCAACUACGCAAAUGAAAACUUGCAGCAAUUCUUUGUGCGUCACAUUUUUAAGCUUGAACAAGAGGAGUACAACUUGGAAACAAUCAACUGGCAGCACAUUGAGUUUGUCGACAAUCAGGAGGCUCUCGAUUUGAUCGCCGCUAAGCCCAUGAACAUUAUGGCGUUGAUUGAUGAGGAAAGUAAGUUUCCAAAAGGAACUGACGUGACACUUCUCAACAAGCUGCACAAAACACACGGCACCAAUGGCAACUACCUGAAGCCCAAAUCGGACAUCAAUCAGUCUUUUGGUCUGAAUCAUUUUGCCGGGGUAGUUUUCUACGACACGCGAGGUUUCCUCGAAAAGAAUCGCGACACAUUUAAUGCUGACCUGAUUCAGCUAAUACAAGUCAGCAAGAACAUGUUUCUUCGGCAGCUAUUUGCGCAAGAUUUCAAUAUGGGUAACGAUACGCGAAAGAAGGCGCCAACACUGAGCGCACAGUUCAAAAAGUCUCUCGAUUCGCUGAUGAAGCAGCUGAGCAACUGUCAUCCCUUCUUCAUACGAUGCAUCAAACCAAAUGAGUUCAAGAAGGCAAUGAUGUUUGAUCGGCUGCUCUGCUGUAAGCAACUCCGCUACUCUGGAAUGAUGGAGACUAUUCGCAUCCGUCGAGCAGGCUACCCAAUUCGCCAUACUUUUGCCGAGUUCGUCGAACGAUACCGCUUUUUGAUUCCCUCCAUUCCGCCGGUGCACAAAGUGGCCGACUGUCGCGAAGUGACGGCCAAAAUUUGCGCUUCGGUUCUCGCCAAAUCUGACUACCAGCUGGGCAAAACAAAAGUGUUUCUCAAGGACGCACACGAUCUGUUUCUCGAGCAGGAGCGAGAUCGCGUCUUGACAAAGAACAUUGUCACACUUCAGCGAGCUAUUCGAUGUUGGUACUACCGACGCAAGUUUCUCCAGUUCAGGACUGCUGCCGUGGUCAUUCAGAGAUUCUACCGGGGGUACAUUCAACGGAAAAAGUACCGAAUGAUGAAAGUUGGCUAUCUGCGUUUGCAAGCGCUCAUUCGAUCUCGCAUGAUGACCAACCGCUUCAAGCACCUGCGCAACCAUGUUGUCUCCUUGCAAGCCAUUUGCCGAGGCUACUUGUUGCGCAAAGAAUUCACUGCUCGUCAGCAGGCAGCUAUUAAAAUACAGGCAUUCAUUCGCGGCUUCAUUGCCCGAAAACAUUACCUCAAAAUGCGUCAAGAGCAUCGCAAUAUGCUUGAAGCGCUGAAACUGAAAGAGCAAGAAGAACACCUGUUGAUGAAGAAGAUGAAUCCCAAGAAGGCAAAGGAGAUUGCCGAACAAAAGUAUUUUGAGCGAAUUCAAGAGUUUGAGUCGCAGAAGAAGGAGGAGGAAAUUGAGGAUAAGCGAAUGAUUGCCGAGAAGAAGGCCGUCAUCACGGAUGCCGUACAGCGACAGGAGGAAAUUCUCGAUGACUCCAAGCUGGUGGACGCCAUGUUUGAUUUUUUGCCCCGUGCCGACAGUCAAUCAGAGUCAAAUGUGCCCAGUGCCUUUAGUGAUUUGGAACGAAUAAACGGUGACAUCGCCGACACUAGCGACAUCAACUUGCCUCCGGUGCCGCAGGAGGACAUCGAGGACCUCUCCGAGUACAAGUUUCAAAAGUUUGCAGCUACCUACUUUCAGGCAAAUGCCAAUCACCAGUAUCAGCGAAAACCACUUAAACAGCCACUUUUGCCGUUGCAAACUCAAGGAGACUGCAUGGCUUCGAUUGCCCUUUGGAUUACCAUACUGCGCUUCAUGGGCGACCUAGGCGAACCUAACUUUCACACAAUGGGUCGAGAUAAUACCUCAGUAAUGAGCAAAGUCACGGCAACGUUAGGUCGAAAUUUCAUUAAAAGCAAAGAGUUUCAAGAUGCUCAGCUGAACGGUUUGGAGGGUGAGAGUGAACUCAAGCCAAAGUCACGUUCAAUUCGAAACAAACUGGUCUCUUUGACGCUGAAAAAGAAGAACAAACUGAGCGAAGAUGUACGUCGUCGUCUGCAGGAGGACGACCUGGCAGCUGAUACUUAUAGCAGUUGGCUCGAGUCUAGGCCAACGUCGAAUCUCGAAAAGUUGCACUUUAUUAUUGGCCAUGGAAUUCUUCGAGAGGAGCUUCGGGACGAAGUUUAUAGUCAAAUUUGCAAGCAGCUAUCCAGUAAUCCUUCCAAAAGUUCACAUGCACGUGGCUGGAUUCUUCUGUCACUUUGCGUCGGAUGUUUUGCGCCAUCAGAGAAGUUUGUCAAAUAUUUGCUCAACUUUAUUCGAGAGGGCCCGCCAGGAUAUGCACCCUACUGUGAAGAUCGCCUGAGGCGGACUUUUGUGAACGGCACUCGAGGACAGCCUCCCUCUUGGCUGGAGUUGCAGGCGACCAAGUCUAAGAAGCCGUUGAUGCUGCCAAUAACCUUCAUGGACGGAAACACCAAGACACUUCUCGCCGAUUCUGCCACCACGGCGCGGGAACUGUGCGCCCAGCUGUCGGAAAAGAUAAACCUGCAGGAUCAGUUUGGUUUUUCGCUGUACAUUGCACUCUUUGAUAAGGUUUCCAGUCUGGGCAGUGGAGGCGAACAUGUGAUGGACGCCAUCUCACAGUGCGAACAGUAUGCCAAAGAGCAGGGCGCACAGGAGCGCAAUGCUCCCUGGCGGCUCUUCUUUCGCAAGGAAAUCUUUGCCCCCUGGCAUGACCCCAAUUUGGACUCGGUCGCGACGAACCUCAUUUACCAGCAGGUAGUGCGCGGAGUCAAAUUUGGGGAGUAUCGCUGUGAGAAGGAAGAGGAGCUGGCAAUGAUUGCCGCCCAGCAGUACUACGUCGAAUUUGGAGAGGACUUCAAACUGGAGCACCUGUUGUCCGUCAUUGCCAACUACAUUCCUGACCACUACAUUCACACCAACGAUAAAAGCAUCGAAAAGUGGGCAAACUUUGUUGUGUCCGCUUACAAAAAGAGCUACUUUUAUCGGGAGAAAAUUGCGUCGAUUAAAAUCAAAGAAGACAUUACCGAGUAUGCCAAGUACAAGUGGCCAUUACUAUUCUCUCGCUUUUAUGAGGCUCUGCGCAUUGACGGUCCUCUGCUGCAGAAGAAUGACAUCAUCAUUGCCAUCAACUGGACGGGCAUUUACAUGGUGGAUGACCAGGAGCAAGUUCUACUGGAGCUCUCCUUUCCCGAGAUAACCAAAGCGCAGAGUGAAAAGAGUAACCGUCCAUUUAUGCAAAACUUUACUCUGACCACAGUACGCGACGAAAAGUUUGUCUUUCAGUCGCCCAACUCGGGAGACAUCUGCGAGUUGGUCAACUUCUUCAUUGAGGGACUGAAGUUCAGGUCGAAGUUUGUCAUUGCCACACAGGACUACAAGGCAGACAACUCUACGGCGCUGUCAUUUAAUCAGGGUGACUUGAUGAUUCUGGAGAGCAGUCUCACCGGGGAUCAUGUAAGCAAGCAGUCCUGGGUCCAGGUCAAGCUUGAUCGCACCAGCGAAAAGGGAGACGUCCCUACAGAAUACCUGUACGUGUUGCCAACGACCAACAAACCAACCUCUUCUACGCUUGCCAUCUUUAACGACAGCAACUUUGAGGAGCAUCGAACGCUGUACUCACAAGCCAACGGCUUUAACACUCACGAAAAGCCACACACUUUAGAGGAGUACUCACUGGACCACUUUAGGCCCCCUCCAAAGCACACUUUCCAGCGAACACUCACUUUUACGUCGCCCAGAAAACGAAACUCGGAGCAGCUAUGGAGACACGCUCGAGAUCCACUGAAGCAACCACUGCUGAAGAAGUUACUCAACAAAGACGAACUGGUUCAAGAGAGCGUCUUUUCCUUUAAUGCCAUUCUUAAGUAUAUGGGCGAUUUACCCUCUAGGAGGACACGCAACAGCAACGACCUGACAGACCAAAUAUUUGAAGGGCCGCUGAAAUACGAUAUUCUUCGAGACGAAAUUUACUGCCAAAUAAUGAAGCAGCUAACAGACAAUAAAAAUAGACUCAGUGAAGAGAAGGGCUGGGAACUGAUGUGGCUAUCUACUGGACUUUUUGCUCCUAGUCAAGCAUUACUGCGGCAACUCACUCUCUUUCUCAAGACAAGACGACAUCCAGUGGCAAUGGACUCCCUGCAACGGCUUCACAAAACACUAAGAAAUGGUCAACGCAAAUAUCCUCCCCACUUGGUCGAGGUGGAGGCAAUACAACACAAGACAACGCAAAUCUUCCACAAGGUGUACUUUCCCGAUGACUCUGAUGAAGCAUUUGAGGUGGAUUCGAGUACUCGAGCCAAAGAUUUCUGCUUGGACAUUGCUCAAAGACUCAAUCUCAAGUCGGCUGAGGGCUUCAGUUUAUUCGUCAAAAUUGCCGACAAAGUUAUUAGCGUGCCAGAAGGUGAUUUCUUUUUCGAUUUUGUUCGUCACCUCACCGAUUGGAUUCGCAAGGCUCGUCCAUCAAGAGAUGGUUCUGUACCUCAGUUCACGUAUCAGGUGUUUUUCAUGAAGAAACUGUGGACAAACACCGUUCCUGGAAAAGACCGGAAUGCGGACAUCAUUUUCCAUUAUCAUCAGGAGUUGCCAAAAUUACUUCGAGGGUACCACAAGUGCACGAAAGAAGACGCAGCUCGUUUGGCAUCUUUGAUAUUGCGUGUUCGGUUUGGUGAUAGCAAAUACGAGCUGCAGUCAGUUCAAAACUUUUUGCACGAAAUCAUCCCCAAUGAUCUGAUCAAAUCGCAAACUCCUAAUGAGUGGAAGAAGCAAAUUCUCAACUAUCACACACAAGACAAUGGAAUGAAUUCAGAGAACGCCAAAGUGGCAUUCCUCAAGUGCGUCUUCAAGUGGCCUACUUUCGGGUCGGCUUUCUUCGAAGUGAAGCAAAAUGGAGACACAAACUACCCGGAACACCUCUUGAUUGCUAUCAACAAGAACGGUGUCAGCCUAAUUGAUCCCGCCUCAAAGGACAUUCUGGUGACGCAUCCUUUCACUCGAAUAUCCAACUGGAGCAGCGGCAUAACCUACUUCCACAUGACCAUUGGCAAUCUAGUUCGUGGCAGCAAAUUGCUGUGCGAAACUUCUCUGGGCUACAAGAUGGACGAUCUGCUGACUUCGUACAUCAGUCUGAUGCUGAGCAAUCUGAACAAGCAAAAGACCAACACUAUCGGCAAAUCAAAGUAG